CGAACCGAACGAGACCUAAGAAUGGAGGCCAAAACCAAAUCCGAGGUUGUAGAGUCAGACUUGUGCAUGACCAGAUCAUCAGAAUAAUCAAAAUCGCCAGGAAAGGCAGACUGGUCUACCCGGUACCAUAUGUCAGACCCCAUUUUCGUCACACAAAAACCUAUGUUCCAAGAAACUUCCUCACAAGGGUCUCUCUCAGCUUUUAUGUAGCACUACCACACCUGGCUGGGUUUGAUGCUUCUCGAGUCUUUAACCCUUUCCCUUCUCAAAUCUCAAAGCUUUCUUCCAGUUACGCCAGCCCUUCAACUUCUUUGCCUUCCUCUUCAGUAAAGGUUCGUUCUUUGCUUAUAUAUUGAGUCUUGGACUUGAGCCCCUCUUGCUUCUAGUGAGAAUUCUGAUGUGUUGUUGAGGUUAUUGAGCUUUGGUGUUGUUGGGUAUGGAAAAGUUUAUGCUUUUGCUACCAUGGUGGGGUUGUUUUGAUUGUGUGUGUUAGAUUUCAUUUAUAGGGUUUAGUACUUUAGUCACCUUUUUGAUUCGGGGUUUAAGGUUUUACUCAGAAUUUGAUUGUUUGUGAUUAUGGAUCCAACUUACACUGGACUUCCUGAUUUCAUGAACGACAUUGAUUUCGAGUCCAUGUUACCCAAUUCAUCUCAAUUCCCAGAAAUCCCAAAUCAGUACCAAUUUAACCAGCUCUCUCCAGACCUUGAUUUUCUGAGCAAUCAGUUUUCAAUUCCACCGGAGCCGGUAUCCGGUAAUUUUGUUCCUCCAAUUAGUGUCAGCACAGAAGGAGAGUCACUUCUUCCUAACGGAGGCUCAUUUUCUCUUCCUACAACUGUGAGCCCCGGAGUAGAUUCUAAGUCCUCUGAUGAUCUUGACUUCUCUGAAACUGUUUUCAAGUAUGUAAACCAGAUGCUUAUGGAAGAGAACAUAGAGGAAAAGCCCCUCAGGCUCUAUGAUGAUCCAUUGGGCCUUCGUGGCACUGAGAAAUCGUUCUAUGAUGUUCUUGGUCAACAGUAUCCCUUCUCACCCAAACAGCAACCACUUUAUGAUGAUCAACCCAAUCAGCAACCGCUUUAUGUUGAUCGAAAAGAUGAGAGCCCUGAUAGUUACUUUUCUGGUAACAGUAGUGAUUUCAAUACUGGUAGUAGUCCUAGUGCUGGCACUAGCAACUCCGUUGAUUCUCAAUCGCUUGGUGAUUAUGGAGAGCAGAAGCCAUCUUUAUCAGAAACCUCUCAUUCAAGGGACAGUGUUUACCAGUUUAAUUCUCAUUCCAAAUCCAAUUCCAAUUCGCAGUUGUCCGUUCCUCUGACAAAUAGCCUGUCUAGUUUUGGUGGUGGGAUGUCUGAAUCUUCUGUAAAUCAGUUUCUGGCUCAGAAUAUAUUUACAGAUAGUGAAUCUGUCUUGCAGUUUCAGAGAGGGUUAGAGCAAGCAAGCAAGUUCCUUCCCAAAGUUAAUCCAUUAGUUAUUAAUUUGGAAAGCAGCACAGUGUCUCCAGAAGUGAAGGGACAUGCUCCAACUGAUAUCAUAAACAAGGAAAAGAGUGAGAGGAAGAACCGACCUAGUAGGCGAAGGGGAAGGAGGAAAUCACCGAAUGGGUCAAGGGAAAGAAAGAACUCACCUGAUGGGUCAAGGGGGAGGAAGAAUCAUGAGCGAGAAGAUGUGGAUUCUGAAGAAGGGAGGAGUAGCAAGCAGUCUGCAAUUUAUAAGGGGGAGGAGGAUGAAUUAUCUGAGAUGUUUGACAAGGUCUUGCUUUUCGACGGGAGUAAUCUGUCUUCAUGUGGUUCAUGCGGCGACAAUGUAGAUGUGCAGAAUGAAGAAAACAAAAACUUGCAGCCCAAUGGACAGCCACAAGCAUCAAAUGGUGAAGGUGGGAAGGCUCGUGUGAAGAAACAAGGCAAGAAGAAGGAAACUGUGGAUUUAAGGAAUCUUCUGAUUCUGUGUGCACAAGCAGUGUCUACCAAUGAUUUUAGGACCUCCACUGAACUACUAAAGCAAAUUAGGCAGCAUUCUUCUCCUUUUGGUGAUGGAUCUCAAAGGUUGGCUCAUUUCUUUGCAAAUGGCCUUGAGGCACGAAUGGCUGGUACUGGCACUGGAACCCAGUUUUAUUAUACUUCCGUUGCUUCCAAAAGGAAGGCUGUUGAUAAGUUGAAAUGUUACCAAGUUAGUCUUUCAGCUUGCCCUUUUAAGAGAAUGUCAAUUUUCUUUAAAAACAAGAUGAUUUUGAAGAUGGCUGAGAAAGCAACUACCCUCCAUAUUGUAGAUUUUGGUAUCCUGUAUGGUUUUCAGUGGCCAAUCCUUAUCCACAAGCUUUCAAUGAGACCUGGUGGGCCUCCCAAGCUACGAAUUACAGGGAUAGAGGUUCCCCAACCUGGAUUUCGUCCAGCAGAGUGGAUUGAAGAGACUGGACGCCGCUUGGCGAGAUAUUGUGAGCGCUUUAACGUUCCUUUUGAGUUUAAUGCGAUAGCAUCACAGAAUUGGGAAUCCAUCCAAGUAGAGGACCUCAAGGUUGAGAGGAAUGAGGUGCUUGCCGUGAAUUGUAUGUUACGGUUCAAGAAUCUACUGGAUGAGACAGUUGAAGUGAACUGUCCAAGAGAUUCUGUUCUAAAGCUAAUCAGGAGGUUGAAACCAGAUAUUUUUGUUCAUACUAUUAUUAAUGGUGCCUACAAUGCCCCUUUCUUUGUCACUCGAUUUCGGGAGGCUCUCUUCUACUUCUCUGCCUUGUAUGAUGCAUUUGAUGUUAAUAUACCCCGUGACAGUCCAGAGAGGUUGAUGUUUGAAACAGAGUUCUAUGGCCAGGAGGCCAUGAAUGUGAUAGCAUGUGAGGGGAUACAGAGGGUUGAGAGGGCUGAGACAUACAAGCAAUGGCAGGUACGUUGUCAAAGGGCUGGUUUAAAGCUGUUGCCAUUGAACCAAGAGUUAGUGAAGGCGUUUAGGGAUAAGGUGAAGGCAUGGUACCACAAAGAUUUCGCAAUUGAUCAAGAUAGUGAUUGGAUGCUUCAAGCAUGGAAGGGCCGAAUUGUCUAUGCUUCUUCUUGUUGGGUGCCUGCAUAGGAUUCUUGCAAAGCAUUUUCUUCUUUUUGAAGUUUGAUCUUCUGUGAGAACUGAAGAUGAAAAGGAUGUCAUAACCAGUUCAGAGGUCAAUUGUGGCAGUACUUUCUUCUUGCAGAAGAACGUUAAGGAGGAGAGAUGGUUG